UAAACGAUCUUUUCCGUGACGCAUAUUUCGCGCGAAACUCGGUUUUGGAGAAGCUAAAGCGAAGAGAAGGGAGACAUGAGUAAAAAGGACAACGGUGCGACCCUCAUCCUCGCAUACCUGAAUGAGAAGAACCGACCCUACAGUGCUCAGGAUGUCUUCUGCAACUUACAAAAGCAGCAUGGAUUUGGCAAAACGGCAGUGGUCAAAGCCGUGGAGCUGCUGGCUCUAGAGGGCAAGAUAAAGGAGAAGAUGUACGGAAAACAAAAGAUCUAUUUUGCUGAUCAGUCUCAGUUCAAAAAUGUGAACGAUACAGACCUGAAGGCGAUGGACUCUCAGAUCUCACAGCUCAGUGCGGAGGUGCAGUCCCUCACCCAGAGCUGCAGACAGCUAGAUGCAGAGUUGAAGGAGCUCAACAGUCAGCUGACGACAGAGGAAAUGAUGUCAGAGAUCCAGGAGCUGAAAAAAGAGAGUUCAGGGUACAGAGCGCGUCUGGAGAAGAUUAAGUCGGCCACAAAUCACGUCACGCCGGAGGAGAAAGAGAAGGUUUACAAAGACCGGGAUGUUUACGUGAAAGAGUGGAAAAAGAGGAAGAGAUUGGCUUCAGACAUGAUGGAUUCAAUCCUGGAGGGGUAUCCUAAGAGCAAAAAGCAGUUCCUGGACGAGGUUGGAGUGGAGACUGAUGAGGACUGUAAGGUGGUUGUUCCAAGUAUUUAAAAGAACACGAGAACGUUUAUUCAUCCUCUUCAUCAGUGUCAGACUGUGCAGUGAUGAGCUGAGAAUACAGAUUAUACAUCAGACCGGUCUGAGCCACAGAACAUUCUUUAUUUAUGGCUUUCCUCUUGAACAAAUGGUACAUCUUUAAUAAAAGCUGAAUGGCAAAAAACAACUUCCACUGUAUUUGAAAGUACAUUUAAAACACAAAUAGCUGAGACACAAGCACUGCACAUAAACGGAGAAAACACUGGCGGAUGUUUGUUGCCUCGUAGGCAACUUUGGUUUAUUUUUCCCUUUUUAAAGCCAUAAAAAAAAAGAUAAAUGUCAACGAAUUAAUCAUUAUAGCUUUGAGAGCUUCUUUGUUCAUUUAUGUUCAAGUCCAUUAUACUGCUGUUAUUUUAAACUGUUCCUUAAAGAACCACAAUGUAUAAAACAUGGACGGUUAUUGUGACCUUCAGGUUUUAUGGAGGGUUGUCAUGUUUUUUUCCAUCUCUUUUGUUAAUCAUCCUUUGUAAUGCUUCUUCACUCAGUGUCCAAGUUAUUAAAUGUUCAUGUCUUUUGAUGCUGAAGUGCUUACAGAAUUUUUUCCAACAAAAGAACCAAACUCAUUUCUUUUUCAGUUAUCUUAAAACAUUAAAUAUAUUUAACAGACGCGAG